AUGUGGCCGAGAACCAGUACUCAUGGUGCGAGUAGACCACCACCACCACCACCACCACCACCACCACCAGCACCACCAUCACCGUUUCCCACAGGAAGGGAAUGUACAGCAGAUGUGCCAUUGUGUGCUCCAUCAUCAUCACCAGCACUAUGGCGUAGGGGGUUCCCAGGACCGCCACCUCCUCAAGCGAUGUCAAGACUGGGAUUACCGCCUAGGGCUACAAUAUGUAUUAAAGGUUUACCACCAACUGUAGACAACAGUCAAAAUUUAUUACCGUUUGUCCCAAGAGAAGGAUUGAUCGCUUUACGUGUAAAAAGAAGUGGUGGUCGAGAUGUUGGGUUUGCAGAAUACGAUUCUGGAAAAUCUGCUCACGAAGCACUACAGUGGUUCUACAGACUAAGAGUAACAACUAAUAUUGCUUACAGUUGUUUGUCUCACAUGCCACCUUCAUGCGAUAUACCACCUUUAGGUUAUCGCUACCCUGUCCCAUAUGUGGAGUAUAACAACUGUAUUGGAGACUCUUCUCGUACCAUGGACUUGCUUCUGAAAAGUGUUAUUCUUGAUGCUGAAUGGUCUGAUAGCAGUCCUACUUGCCGUCCAAAUUUUGUUCCCUCACGUACUUCACCGAACCCUUAUUUUGAUCAGCAAAAUCAACAAAAUUACGGUUGUAUUCCUUCAAUGGCUAUGACCCCAGAACGUAUUUCUCAACCACCGCAAUUUGGUUUUCAUUCGACCCCCUUAUCUCACACCGGUCCUAUCCCAGAGACUCACUCACGUCCUGAUGUGCCAGGACUACAAAAUAUAUCGUGGGACUCCCGUCCUAAAAGUACCGAAUGCUGUCAUGCAAUUUCUGUAGAGAGCGGAUGGAACCAGGGUUGUAUGACUCAUCCUUCUAAAGUUGGUAUGUCUAUGCAAUCUGGAGUUAAACCUCAAAGACAUCGGUGGCACUCCCAACCUCAGCAAGCGUGGGGCCAAACUUCUACUGAGGGUGAUAUCCAUAUGCAUGGUACAUCAUCCAUAACACAGAGUGACUCCUCUCGUGCAUGUUUAUCGGAUUCUACUCUCCCUUCUUUCAUUUUGGACGAUAAAGAUCUCCCCAGCAGUACACUUUUUGUAAGGGCUCUUCGUUAUCGACCACAUCAUCUCCAACAGAAUACAUCAUCAUUUCGUGCAGCCUCGAGUUCCCCAAUUUCAGGAAGAGCAGAAGAAGAAAUAGUGGAAACAUCGUACGAUUCUGGAACUUCAGUACCGUCUGAGCACCAGUACCAACAACGACGACAACAACAACAACAACUCGAUCGUGUCGUUCAGGAAUGGGCGUGUCUGCACCAUCACCACCAUUUUUCGGCAUAUCCAGAGGUUCAGUCGAAUAUACCGUCUUCAAUACCUUGUAAUGCUUCAGCACAUUCUGGGAUGCCAGCAGAGGUACAAGAAGGUUCACCCACAUUUCGCUCUCUUUCAUCUUCCCAUACAGGGGAUGACACAAUUACUAAUGAGGUCAUAAAGGGAGUUUUAAACCGCGAUUUUUUCUCGGAACGUUUUGCUGGAUUCUGUUCCUACAAGUCAUUCGGCAAGCAGUGUGGUUUUGUGCGGUUUGAAACAUCUGAGGAUGCGCGGCAGUGUUUGUGUUGGUUAAGGCGGCAGCAGAAUUUACGUCCAUUCAUUUCUGUGCAGUUUGCGCGUCAGGACACGAGGUCGUGUCGUUUUCACAAACGAGGGAGUUAG